UUCCUCAGGGAAGCCCUCAAGGUUGGGCUAGAUGCCCCCCUAACCCUCCCACCCACACCAUGUUCCCCUGAGCCUCUAGUCCUCCCUCCCAGGACACAUCAGGCUGGAUGGUAACAUCUCCCCACCCUUGAGUGGGACUGCCUUGUGCUGCUCUGCGACCCACACCCAGCUUGGACUGCCCGCUCCACAGGCCCCAGGAAAAGCUGGUACAGAUAAGUGACACCAAGCCCUGUGAACAAACCAGAAGGCAGAGCGCUGUGCACCCUGCCCGGCCCCACCACCCCCCUUGCCACCUGCUUCUGCUCCCAGGUAAGCAGUAACCUGCACAGGUGCACCGUGGGUUUUGGGAAAACUGGAUCUCCCUGCACCAGAAGGGGUGGAGGGGAGGGGGUGUCUGUGACCUCAUGAACAGGCAUGUGACCUUGGCUCUGGCUCCAUAAAUACCCGAGGCCCAGCGGGAGGGCCACCCAGAGGCUGACGCACACCAUGGGGCGCCUGCAACUGGUUGUCUUGGGCCUCGCCUGCUGCUGGGCAGUGGCCAGUGCCGCGAAGGUAAGAGCUCAGCAGAGGGGCAGGUCCUGCUCUCCUCCCCUCACUCACAUCUGGAAACUGGGCCAGGCUGAGAAAGAGAGCCCAGCACAUUCCCAGGGCAGUUCCCGGGCGCUCACCCUCAUUUCUGCAGGGACAGGGGCCAGGUAAAAUGCAGGACGCCCAGUUCCAUUUGAAUUUCCGAUAAACUGCCAAGAACUGCCGUCUGGGCCCCGUGUACACGGAAGGUGGGUUCGUGGAAGGCGUCAAUAAGAAGCUCGGCCUCCUGGGUGACUCUGUGGACAUCUUCAAGGGCAUCCCCUUCGCGGCUCCCACCAAGGCGCUGGAGAACCCCCAGCCACACCCCGGCUGGCAAGGGACCCUGAAGGCCAAGUCCUUCAAGAAGAGAUGCCUGCAGGCCACCAUCACCCAGGACAGCACCUACGGGGAUGAAGACUGCCUGUACCUCAACAUCUGGGUGCCCCAGGACAGGAAGCAAGUCUCCCGGGACCUGCCCGUUAUGAUCUGGAUCUAUGGAGGUGCCUUCCUCAUGGGGUCCGGCCACGGGGCCAACUUCCUCAGCAACUACUUGUAUGACGGCGAGGAGAUUGCCACACGCGGAAACGUCAUCGUGGUCACCUUCAACUACCGUGUCGGCCCCCUUGGGUUCCUCAGCACUGGGGACGCCAACCUGCCAGGUAACUAUGGCCUUCGGGAUCAGCACAUGGCCAUUGCUUGGGUGAAGAGGAAUAUCGCGGCCUUCGGGGGGGACCCCAACAACAUCACACUCUUUGGGGAGUCUGCUGGAGGUGCCAGCGUCUCUCUGCAGACCCUCUCCCCCUACAACAAGGGCCUCAUCCGGCGAGCCAUCAGCCAGAGCGGCGUGGCCCUGAGUCCCUGGGUCAUCCAGAAAAACCCACUCUUCUGGGCCAAAAAGGUGGCUGAGAAGGUGGGUUGCCCUGUGGACGAUACCGCCAGGAUGGCCAAGUGUCUGAAGGUUACUGACCCCCGAGCCCUGACGCUGGCCUAUAAGAUGCCGCUGGCAGGCAUGGAGUACCCCAUGCUGUACUAUCUGGGCUUCAUCCCUGUCAUUGAUGGAGACUUCAUCCCCGAUGACCCCAUCAACCUGUACGCCAAUGCCGCCGACAUCGACUAUAUAGCAGGCACCAACAACAUGGACGGCCACUUGUUCGCCAGCAUCGACAUGCCUGCCAUCAACAAGAACAACAAGGAAGUCACGGAGGAGGACUUCUACAAGCUGGUCAGUGGGCUCACAAUGACCAAGGGGCUCAGAGGUGCCAAGACUACCUUUGAUGUCUACACUGAGUCCUGGGCCCAGGACCCAUCCCAGGAGAACAAGAAGAAGACUGUGGUGGACAUUGAGACCGAUACCCUCUUCCUGGUGCCCACCGAGAUUGCCCUGGCCCAGCACAGAGCCAACGCCAAGAGUGCCAAGACCUACAGCUACCUGUUUUCCCAUCCCUCUCGGAUGCCCACCUACCCCAAAUGGAUGGGGGCAGACCAUGGAGAUGACAUCCAGUACAUUUUCGGGAAGCCCUUCGCCACCCCCGACGGCUACCGGCCCCAAGACAGGACAGUCUCCAAGGCCAUGAUCGCCUACUGGACCAACUUUGCCAAAACAGGGGACCCCAACAUGGGUGACUUGGCUGUGCCCACACACUGGGAACCCUACACCUCGGAAAACGGCAGCUACCUGGAGAUCACCAAGAAGAUGGACGGCAGCUCCCUGAAGCGGGGCCUGAGAACCAACUUCCUGCACUACUGGACCGUCACCUAUGUGGCGCUGCCCACGGUGACCGACCAGGAGGCCACCCCCGUGCCCCCCACAGGUGACUCCGAGGCCACUCCUGUGCCGCCCACAGGUGACUCCGAGGCCACCCCCGUGCCCCCCACAGGUGACUCCGAGGCCACUCCUGUCCCGCCCACAGGUGACUCCGAGGCCACCCCCGUGCCCCCCACAGGUGACUCCGAGGCCACCCCCGUGCCCCCCACAGGUGACUCCGAGGCCACUCCUGUGCCGCCCACAGGUGACUCCGAGGCCACCCCCGUACACCCAACUGGUGACUCUGAGGCCGCCCCUGUACCCCCCACAGAUGACUCCAAGGGAGCUCAGAUGCCUGUAGUCAUUAGUUUCUAGCAUCCCAUGAGCCUUGGUCUUUAGAGGCCGCAAGGGUGGGACCCCAGGGGCUCCCCUCCCGUCUUUAGCUCUUCCUGAAUAAAACCUCAUUUCCCUG